AUGUUGCCAAAUAUCGAGGAGCUGAGUUCCUCCCUGAGCUCGCCUUUCAGGCUCUUUCGCACGCACGGCCUGUGGAGCCUGGUGGAGCCUAGUCGAUUACGCUUUGUGGAGACUCCCUCGUUUGACCCUACUCCGUUCCUUGACGAUGCUAAUCGCAGAACCUAUCUCAGAGCGCUGGAUUACGUUCAUGAAAUUCCUCCUGAGGUGCCAGUUCCGAGGGUCUGUGUUCGCACACGACCUGGGAAGCUGAAUGCUCUGCUUGAGCUGCUUGCGUCCUCUGACCGAUUAAAGCUCGUGCCCAAAUCUCGGCUCAAAAAUGGUCUGCGGAACGGAAUGUUCUCUCUGGCCAAAGACGAAGCCCGAGAUCGGAUGAUCCUCGAUGCAAGACCUCCUAAUCUGGCAGAGCGGACAGAGGAACGAUGGAUUCGUUCCUUAGGAGCGCUGGAGCAGCUUCAGUUUAUGUACCUUGCGCCGGAGUAUGACGUGGCGAUUUUCGCCGAAGAUCUGAGGGAGUUCUAUCAUGCCUUUCGCAUUUCUGAUCAAAGAACUCAGCGCAACGCUUUAGCUCUUUGCCUGCCUGCGGCCGACCUGAAUUGCACCAUGGCGAUGGGGGAUACCAACGCAGUAGCCUAUGGGCAGACUUCCCACCUUUCUUGCAUCCUUCGGACAGGUGCCUUGCGACUGGAGCAAUUUGUUACCCUUUACGGCCGUCCUGGACGACCCGGGGAGUUGGUCGCAGGUUUGCUCAUUGAUGACUUCAUUUUGUUGGAUCCUGCGCUGCGUGCUCGACCCGUCUCUCCUUCAAGGGGCGAACUAGUCAUCGAGAAAGUCGUUCAAGGUUACUCCGAUGCAGGGCUUCUUGCUCUGAUUGGUGGUUUAGUCUCUGCGCUGCAAAUGCGGCGACGGCUCCUGUCGCUCCUUGAGGUCUGCUAUCAAGAGCUGCGAGGCAGAAAGCCUGCUGAAGUUUUCGCCUUGAGGACUGAGACGUGCUCAGAGUUGCUGUGUGCCUGCAGCCUUCUUUGCCUCGCUGAUGUCGACCUCCGAGCUCCAGGGGCACCAUGCAUUGUGUGCAGCGAUGCUUCCUCCGUCAAAGAAGCCGCUGUUCUGGCUGAAGUGUCUCCUUUGUUCAGUGUCGAGGUUUGUCGGCGUGGCCUGCAACGAGGGCUCUGGACCCGCCUGCUUAAGCCUUUCGAGGCCUUGCUCCGUGAAAGGGGCGCCGAGGAGAGCGUCCCUCUUGACGAGCGCGAUGAGGCCUACGAGAGUCAUCCCCUCUGGGAAAGUCUGGCUCAGCACCUUCAGUUCAAGUCCCUGAACUUCGAGUUGCGGCGUUCGCUGCCCCAGCACUUGACUAACAGGAUCAGGCCUGCGUAUGGCUUCUUGAAGAGUGCCUAUAACCCAGCCGAUGAUCCUACCAGAGAUGUCGAGAUUCGCUCUGCCUGGGGAGAUGUGCCUGCCUGGCUCGCUGGGGCUCUGCGGGGGGAGUUUGCUGAGCUUGACAACUGGCUUCGGGAGCGAAGCAUGCAUUUAGACCAGCUCAGGCAGCUUCCUCCUGUACAGGAGCUAGCCUGCUACAGUUUUUCUGCUGGUCCAGUUUGCAGCUCCUUUUCGACAGCUAUUGCGCCGGCUUGGCGUACAAAAGAGUUUCCUGAAGGUGUGCCAUCAGUUACGCUCUCCCAAGCUGGGAAGCUACGAGCUGGUAACAUGAUGCUUGAGUUUGUCCUCAUCCUCGUCUCUGAGGCGGAACGUUUGAGCAUGAUCUACAUAGUCGAGAACCCCCAAAAUAGCUGGAUGUGGGCUCAGCCUGCGUGGAAGUCCCUGCACAAGGACUAUCUCACUCGGGAUUUCCUCACUGAGUACUGCGUCUAUGGGACGCGCUGGAAGAAGGCGACUCGUUUCAGAACGAACGGCCAGCUUGGAAAUCAACGACUACGCUGCUCUCGUGACCACGUUCACCAAGUUCUUCGAGGACGGGGCAGAACAUCUGGCAUUAACUUCACGAAGCUUGCCGAGCCGUACCCUCGGCGCCUUUGCGAGCUCUUGGGGCAAGCCCUGGUGCAGGAUGCGAAGUGGGUUGAAGAAUGCAGACCGCUGGACUUGAUCCGCUGCGCUAAAUGUUCUGGGGCGAGGUUCGGGGAAGCUUCACACCCAGGGCCUCGGCCUCGGCGUCGACGCCCAGCUGCUGCUCUUUCCGAGGUACAGUUGGUCGAGCCCGUCACCGCCGCGCUCAGCGUGACGAUCUGGUCUGACCUCUUGACGCCUUCGGACCUGUUCAGGGAAGAUGGGCGAUUCUUCCUCCACAUUCGUGAACCAAAGACUCGAGGUCGAGGAGCUCGAGUCCAACAUAGCACGAUCAAACUGGACCCGGAGAUCGCUGCUUUUGUGAUGAGUACAGCUUCUCUCUUACGACCUUCUGAGUCUUUGUACUUCGGCAGCCCUAACGUUUACAGGCGACGUUGGGAUCGCUUGUUGACUGCGCUGGGAGUUCCGCUUUCGCUUGCAAUCACUCCUGGUUCUAUUCGUGGAGGAGGGGCCGUCGCUGCUUACCAGAGCGGGGCCCUCAUCAGUGAGAUUCAGUGGCAAAUGAGGCUCAGGAGUCAGAAUACGUUGGCUUACUACUUGCAAGAAGUCUCAGCUGGUUCAGUUCUGCCAUCGCUCCCGAUACAGGCGCGUGAACAGAUAUCAGCUGCAGUGGCCUUUUUUCCCUUCGCUUUGCUCACUCCGCCCAGCGCACGUUGA